AAGCAGAGGGCUCUGAUUCUGUGACAUCUCAGUCCUCGCCGAGUGAAGAGCCUGGAACAAUGACGGAGGUGAAGGUGAAAACAGAGAUACCAGAUGACUAUAUUCAAGAGGUGAUCUGGCAGGAUGACACCAAAGAUUCCAAGAAAAACAUAAAGGAUGGGCCAGGAGAUGUGCCAGCAGAAAUCUGUGUGGUGAUUGGAGGGGUCCGCAACCAGCAGACACUUGGGUCUUAUGAGUGUGGAAUAUGUGGGAAGAAAUACAAGUAUUACAACUGUUUCCAGACCCAUGUGCGGGCGCAUAGAGACACUGAAGCUGCCUCAGGUGAAGGAGCCUCACAAGGCAACAAUUUUAGGUACACAUGUGACAUUUGUGGGAAAAAAUAUAAAUACUACAGCUGUUUCCAAGAGCACAGAGACCUGCAUGCUGUGGAUGACCCUUAUGACCAGACAGUCAUAGCAGCAGAUGAAGUGAAAGAGGAGGAGCCAGAACCAUUUCAGAAGAUUGGUCCAAAAACUGGCAAUUAUACAUGUGAAUUCUGUGGCAAGCAGUACAAAUAUUACACUCCCUACCAGGAACAUGUGGCGCUGCAUGCACCUAUUAAAAGCGCAUUCAGUAGGAGAGUGGAAGGCAAAGUGCAAAACAACUUUGAAGAAACAAACAGCAGCUCCCAAAACUCUAGUGAAACCGCAAGUCCCCUGAUUUCAAAUCCUUUCCCGCUUUUACAAAAACCUUACACCUGUGGAGCUUGUGGAAUCCAGUUUCAGUUUUAUAACAAUCUGCUGGAGCACAUGCAGUCUCAUGCAGCUGACAAUGAGAACAAUAUUGCCUCUAACCAACCCAGAUCACCUCUGACUGUUGUGGAAGAAAAGUGGAAACCACAGCUCCAAAGAAACAAUGCCAAUAAUACAUCUGCAAGUGGUUCAGUAGCAAACAGUGCAAUCCCGGAGAAGGAGCGGCAGAACAUUGCUGAAAGGCUGCUGCGGGUGAUGUGUACCGACCUCGGAGCUUUGAGUGUGGUGAGCGGGAAGGAAUUCAUCAAGCUGGCCCAGACCUUGGUGGAUAGUGGUGCUCGCUACGGUGCUUUCUCUGUCACAGAAAUCCUUGGCAACUUCAACACACUGGCGCUGAAGCAUUUGCCUCGGAUGUACAACCAAGUGAAAGUGAAAGUCACCUGCGCCCUGGGCAGCAAUGCCUGCCUAGGCAUAGGAGUCACUUGCCACUCUCAGAGCGUUGGCCCUGAUUCCUGCUACAUCCUGACAGCUUAUCAGGUUGAAGGCAACCACAUCAAGAGUUAUGUCCUGGGAAUUAAGGGUGUGGACACCCGAGAUAAUGGUGAUUUUAUCCACCACUGGGUGCAGAACGUGAUGUCUGAGUUUGUGAUGUCGGAAAUCAGGACAGUGUACGUCACCGACUGCAAAGUCAACUCCUCUGCGUUCUCCAAGGCAGGCAUGUGCUUGCGUUGUUCGGCCUGUGCCUUGAACUCAGUCGUGCAGAGCGUGUUGAGUAAGCGAACACUACAGGCUCGCAACAUGCACGAAGUCAUCGAGCUCCUGAAUGUCUGUGAAGAUUUGGCAGGAUCCACGGGCCUCUCAAAGGAGACCUUUGGCUCUCUGGAGGAGACGUCUCCCCCACCCUGCUGGAACUCAGUGACUGACUCCCUCCUGCUUGUCCAUGAGCGUUAUGAGCAGAUAUGCGAGUUCUACAGCAGAGCCAAGAAGAUGAACCUCAUCCAAAACCUGAACAAGCAUCUUCUCAGCAACCUGGCGGCCAUUUUGGCCCCAGUGAAACAAGCAGUGAUUGAACUGAGCAAUGAGAGCCGGCCCACCCUGCAGCUGGUACUGCCCACCUACGUGAAACUGGAGAAACUGUUCACUUCCAAAGCCAAUGACGCUGGCAUAGUCAGCAAGCUUUGCCACCUCUUCCUGGAGGCACUGAAGGAGAACUUCAAAGUUCACUCUGCACACAAAGUAGCCAUGAUCUUGGACCCUCAGCAGAAGCUGCGGCCAGUCCCACCAUACCAGCAUGAAGAGAUCAUUGGCAAGGUCUGUGAAUUGAUCAAUGAAGUGAAAGAGUCCUGGGCAGAAGAACCAGAAUUUGAACCUUCUACCAAGAAACCACGGGCAGCAGGGGAGGCCCCGCCAGCUCAGGAAGAAGAGCAGUUUGGGAAAAAUGAAGUCUACGAUUAUUUGCAAGAACCCCUCUUCCAGGCCACCCCUGAUCUAUUUCAGUACUGGUCAUGUGUUACCCAAAAGCAUACGAAACUAGCCAAGUUGGCCUUUUGGCUCUUAGCAGUGCCUGCUGUCGGGGCCAGAAGUGAAUGUGUAAAUAUGUGUGAGCAGGCGCUCUUAAUCAAAAGGAGGCGGCUGCUCAGUCCAGAAGACAUGAACAAACUCAUGUUUUUGAAGUCCAACAUGCUUUAA